CUUAGAAAAAAAAAUUGAAACCAUGAACGCUGGAGAAAGAGAGAGAAAAAGCGACAAUCUGCACCAGAGGAUACGUUAAUCGAAGAGAUUAGAGAUAACGGGACAAGAGGGACAGCUUGGAAUUGUGCGAGCAGUGCCAUGGAGAUCCAGUUCCCACCAACUUGUGUUCAGUAGGAAGAGAACAAAGGAGGCUUGGACCCUUAAGAGCCGCUGCCGCUGCCGUUGUUGAAGCCGCCACCAUUUGGGAGUUACCUCCUUGAGGUUUUGGUGGGUUUGAUUUUGAUUUAGGCUAUAUUCAAUUCAGGUUUGAUUAUUGGGUGUUGUUGUUGGGUGUGAAAAGUUGAGCUCUAUCCUAGGAGUAAUCAUUAGGCGUCCAUCAGUAGGCACUGGGGUGCCUUGGAGGCUGCCGGUCGACGUUGUGGAUCUGCUGGGUUCGUUAGUUGGUGAUUGGAAGUCUUAGGACCUUGGCUUGGGUGCUCCUUGGAGACUGCCGGUUAGCACUUGGGUGCUCAUGCCAGAGUACUUACAUUGUUCCAAUGGAGGGUGAGGUGGUGAUAAAUGAUGGCACUAAUAAGCCUGCAUCAAUGGACUCUCUUCUGCAGUGGAGCCAAUGGCAAUUGAUUGAUUCCAUUCUCCCGACAGGUGGCUUUGCUCAUUCUUUUGGUCUUGAGGCAGCUAUCCAAGCUCGCUUAGUCUCUGGACCUGAAGGUCUUCGAACAUACGUGAUUCAGGUGUUGGAAAACACAGGGAGCCUACUCCUUCCUUUUGUUUAUUCUGCAUCCAUUUCUCCCGAUAUGCAAACCUGGCAUAAGCUUGAUAAAAUGUUGGAUGCGACGCUGACAAAUGAAGUGGGUCGUAAAGCAUCAAUAGCACAAGGAUCAGCCUUAAUGAGAGUGGCUGCAGCUGUUUUUCAAGAAGUCCCUAAUCUCAAAACCCUUAGAGAUACGUCUCUGAGUACAGGUGCUGUUUGUUUUCACCAUGCUCCCAUCUUUGGGCUAAUAUGUGGACUUCUUGGAUCGGAUGUUCAAACUUCUCAGAGAGCUUACAUGUUUAUGAUAAUGAGAGAUGUUAUAUCUGCUGCGACUAGGUUGAAUUUGGUUGGACCUCUUGGUGCAGCUGUAUUGCAGCAUCAGGUUGCCGUUGUUGCAGAAGAUUUGUCAAAGAAGUGGAUGGACCGUGCAGUUGAGGAAGCAUGCCAGACGAUGCCUUUGCUUGACACUGUGCAGGGCUGCCAUGGCUAUUUGUUUUCCAGACUGUUCUGCUCUUGACAGCCAGAAUUAAGACUGAAGCAACUAUUGAUAAGUCUUCGUAAUUUUAACUGAUUCUGUAGCCUCACUCAAAGUUCCCCGUAGAUGGAAAUUGCAGAGAUUUGAGUUGAGUCUCAGCCUGUCGGGCGGAUUUGCAGUGGGGGCAGCUGGCCCCACUGCAAUUUUGAAAAAUGUUGGGGUGUAGUUAGAAUUCUUAAUGUGUUAGAGGACUUUUAAAAAAUUGCCCCCACUGAAAAGAUCCAAAAAACUGGGGGUUUUUUUGUAUUUAGAGUUACAGUUGAUCUUCCUUUACACUUUUUAGAGUCAGGCUUAAUAGAUUACACGCGGUAGUGGGAGCGAAGACAACUACUCCAUAUCUUUCUUCUUCAAUUUGAGUGUUCCUUAGAGUUGUUGCAUUCCUGUUUUCUGGGUUACG